ACGUGCCUUUAACCAUUGUGAGAAACAAUGCAAUAAGAUUGUACAUUAAUCGAUGCGGUUUGCGUCUAUUAAAAUAUAUGACUAAUACACUCACCGUACAAAACAAUAUAUGUGAAAACAUUUUAUGCAUAGCACUGACUCGUUACAAGCAGGCAAUAGAGGAGAGGAAACUGGUAAAUUGGUAAAUUUAACAACUGUUAUAUCGAGUGACUGAACCGAAUCCACGCUUUACGAACGAUGAAGGUCCCAACGUUGAUGAUAUUGAGCCUAGUGGCACUAGCCACGGCACAACUGCAGAACAUGAAGAAAUUAGGAACUGCCAACAACGAAUUUGCCCUGAACCUCUACUCAAAGAUCAACGAAGAUGAAAAGGGUAAUAUAUUCUUUGGACCGUUGAGUAUCUCCACCGCCCUCGCCAUGGUUCACCUGGCCGCUGGCGGGAACACAAGCAGUCAGAUCGAGAAGGUCAUGCGGUUCGAAAGCGUCGGUGCAAACUUCAAGGAAAUAUUCCAGGACUUAAAUACACGUCUGUAUAAUAGAAACAACAAUUAUACUCUGACUUCAGCCAACAGACUCUUCGGUGAUCAACAAUUCUCCAUCAGAGAUCAGUUCCUCACUGACGCUGACAAUUUCUACAACGCUGGAAUGGAGCUAGUUGAUUUUAAAAACGCUGCCGAAAACGCUCGAGUCCAUAUAAAUGACUGGGUUAAGAACCAUACAGAAGGGAAAAUUAUGGAUCUAAUGCCCAAGGGAUCGAUUGACGCAUCUACUAUUUUGGUGUUGGCGAAUGCACUGUAUUUCAAAGGAAAGUGGACAAUGCCUUUUGAUCCAACCGACACGGCCUCAUCAAUGUUCUACACAUCUGGUAAUGACGUAGGCACAAAAAUGGAUUUCAUGUACCAAAAAGCGGAAUUCCCUCUCCUCGAAAACGCUGGCCUCAACGUCAAAGUUUUAGAGCUGCCGUAUGAUGGCGACGAUCUCAGCAUGUUCAUAGUUCUCCCAAACGAACGCACCGGACUCACAGCAUUGGAAAACGCAAUUACAAUCGACGCUCUAGAGACCCUCACCGAUCCCACGAAUUUCACCACGUCAGAGGACAUCAAAGUUUGGUUGCCUAAAUUUGAAAUUGCACAGUCAUUCGAUCUCGUUAGUACGUUAAGUGCCAUGGGGAUGAAGGAUCUGUUUAGUUCGAGAGACGCAGAUUUGAGUGGGAUACAUUCGGGAGCUAACCUUUAUAUGUCUGCCCUACACCACAAAGCGUUUGUCACUAUCAAUGAAGAAGGUACCGAGGCGGCUGCAGCAACCGGCGGAGGGAUUUCACUGACGUCAGUCCAGGAUCCCAAAGAGUUCAAGGCCGAUCAUCCAUUCAUGUUCUUCAUUAGGGAGAAAUCCACCGGAUCUAUCGUUUUUCUAGGGAGGGUAAAGGAACAGCCCGUCACUUCUGCCGUUUUCAAAAGUGGCUUUUACACCCAGGACGAUAACAACACUGCCAUGGUGAAUAAAUAUGGUGUCUUCAUGUCUCUUAUUUGUGUUUUCGUUGCAUUUGCUAUUUGGAAAUAGACGCCAAGAACUGUACAGUAGUUGAAGUCAUUGACUUUAAGGUUUCAUUUUUGCUGAUAUAUGAAAAUGGACCAAAAGUAGAAUUAUGAAAUGAGUUUUGUAAGAGUGGGAAUUCUACCGCCAGAUUUUCAUUCAAAAUGCCAAUUUGACCAAAUUUGUGCCAGUUUGAUCAAAAUUAUACAAAUUUGGGUAAAAAUUCCAAUUUUGAGUAAUUUAUGCCAAUCCGACAGCGUUUUGUAAUUCUACUUCAAAAAUCUCAAAAAGUAUAUUUUUAUGAUAUUUUGCUGUUGCAUGGGAAUUUCAAUUCGUCAAUUAAAAGGUCGCAAUACACAACAAACUGUUUCGCUAUACAAAGAUCUGGUCCAUUGAAUGAUUAAAUGCACCAGAUUAUACAGUUGCACAUAAAUGCACCAGGUUGUACGGGUGCAAAUAAAUGCACCAGGUUGUACAGGUGCAAAUAAAUGCACCAUGUUGUACAGGUGCAAACAGCAAUACCAUGUUAAUGGCUUGGAUAUAAAGUCAUUGACAGGAGAAUUGAGAUCCUUUUAGAACCUAUGACGUAUUCAGAAAUAAAAACUUGAUCUUCCAAGGGAAAAGGUACUUAGAAUUGUCCUUGUAACAAUAGAAGAAUACGCACGUAGAAAGCAAAAAUAGAUAUUGAUGAUUAGCUUUGUAUAUAACACGUCAUAGUUUGAAUGCUAUUCCCGGGUGACACGAGGACGCCAGAUUAAUAAUCUGACAUUCAAUCUCUCUCGGGCCACAGCCACGUGUAUUAUAAACAAUGGAAAUAUAUUGUUCUAUGUGUAGUGUAAAAAAAGGUUGAUGCAUUGUACAUAUUUUUGAAAUAAAUAUUUGGUUAUGUUGAUAUUUCAUAAACUAUGUUCACGAGUCUGUGAUUUUAAGGGAAAACUAACAUGGUUCCUUUAAAUAGCUCAGCAAACGUGUAUUUUGUGUGUGUGUGGAUUCGACACGAUACUAA